UGUAGAUUGUUUUGCCAGCUGUCACUUGGCUGACACAAACAGACAUAAACAACACAGGAGCAACGUGUUUCUUUGUUGCAAUAUGGAUUUUGCCAAAAAUGUGCUACAAAAAUAUGGCUGGAAAGAAGGCCUUGGUCUUGGCAAAAACAUGGAUGGUAUUGUGGCACCCAUCAGAGCCCGCCGCAAGCAGGGCAACAGCGGAAUAGGAGCACCGAGUGCGAAUGAUGCGACUAACAAUUGGUGGGCGCGUGUUUACGAUGAAGCGGCCACAAACAUCGAGGUACAGGCCGACGGUGAUAAGAGCACGGGUAGGGAAGUUACCCUGAAGCAGCUGGAUCCGAACGCGGUCGAGGUAACCACCAACAGUUACUCAAUGCACAAGCUUACACAAAGAACUCGGAACCAGAAUGGUGGGCAGGAAUCUAAGUACGGGAAUGUGUUUCUGAGAGCUUCCACGCUGUUAGGUGAUACGGGACGUGAAGAGGAUGUGCCCAAUCACGUACGCACGGAGGAUAUCGAAUUCGCUGGGGUGAAAACGCUUACAGACGAGGAGCUGUUUGCAGCGUGUGGCGGUCGAACGGCCCACAAGGGCGCUCGCCACGGGUUAGGCUUAAAAGGAAAGUUGGCACGCAUCGACGAACAGAAUAAAAAGCUGCUGCAACAGUUGGAAAGCAAUUCGUUCGAGGCUGUGAUAAAAUCAAACGACUGGCAGGUACAGACAUCUAAAAACGGGCGCAAAAAGUCCAAGAAGCAGAAACGGAAUGAGCAGCGAUGGAUCGAACAUCACGGACCGGCAGAAUCGGAGGAUGCGGAAGUGAAGGACAUGAUACACCAUGCCGACUACGUGGUGUCGAAAAACAAAAAGAAAAAGCAGGCCCAGCAAAAAUCCGACCAAGAGUUGGCAAGCGGAAUGUUCGGCAUGUUUGCCGAACUGCCGGAAGAAGAGGUUGUGGAAGAGCAAGAGGAAGCGGAGGUGGCCGUGCCGGUAAAGGCGAAGAAGUCGAAGAGCAAAUCAAAAAAGGCCCUGUGCCUGGACGAUGAGCUAGAUCUGUUGAGUGAGAAGAUUCGCAAGCUGGAUCACAGUUCGAUAACGAUAAAGAAAAAGGAUAAGAAAAAGAAGAACAAGCAUCAGCAGAAGAAGGGCAACGGCGCAGAAGACGAUGACGAUACGGUGUUGCUUGAUCCAGCGGCCAAGUAUCGCAAAGACUAUCGUCCCGAACUGAAGCAAAACAAUCGUCUACUGAAGGCGUACGUGCCUGAUGAGGUACCGGAAGGGAAGCUGGCGAAAAAGCCGGCACCGUUGCUCCGGUCCGAUUCCAGCGAUCAAGAGGAAGAGGAUGUGGUGCAGCGGGUAAACGAGGAGCAGAAGCGGUACUGGUCGAAGAUGCGUGCCAAUGUGCCAAAGAUAAACAUUAUCGAACCAACGGAAGACGAUUGUCUGGCGCUGGGACAGAGUUUGCGAGAGCGCCACCGGAACGAGGUGAAGCGCGUGGGCAAUCGCACCGCGAGUGGGAAACGCAAGAAGACCAAGAAAAGCCAACGGCAGCUGGCCCAGUUGGCGGAUAAAUUGAGCAAAAAUUUGUAAACGGAAAGCAAUAAUUCACUUACCGAGCGCCAACUUUGGUGCGGUAGGCCUUUACAGUCUGGUCGGUGAUCCAUGGAUGAAACGGUUUUGCGUUUCAUCCUAUUUCCAACGGAAUAUUGAUGCAUUUAUAUUCACGCUCAGCGUAAGCGCGUAAUAAAGUGCGAACAUGUUUUGGAA